UGAGCAUGAAACUCCGUUACGGCGGACCCUAAUGAAUAGUGGAUUGAAAGAUACCUUCUCCAACCGUUUCUUUCUGCUAGGAAUUUCAUUUCACUAAACAUUUGUCUCUACUUUCCGUUACAAAUGUUGUACCAAAUACCUCACUAAUCCUUCCUUCUUUCUAUUCUAUAGAGUUGGCAACAUUUAAUUCGCGCAGUAGUAUUGACUAGGAAAGUCCUUGGGGCAACAAGUGUGCAAGUCUUGUGUUGAAGUGAUACAGAAGAAUAAACGAUGUUAUAGUCCCAAUAUAUUAUGUUAUAUGAUGUGAAUAUUUUAUCAAUGAUACUAAUCAUAGUUAUCUGACAAAUUUCUGUGGGAAUGGCCUUGCAUAUUGGAAUUCCUUGGUUCGAACCUGCCGAUAAAUUUGUAUGGCGCGCGGUUUGCGCAAGCCAAGUAACACGUGCGGAGAUGGGAGGGGGAAUUGCGGGUCUCUGCAAAUGCUGCAACGCACAGUGCUCAAUUGCUUGCAUUUGCGUGCAGUUGCGUUUGUUGAUUGACGUUUGUUAAACUAUCGAUGUUCAAGCAAAUAGUCAAAUGCACGAGUCGAUCGAAUGUAUAAUUGAUGUAGUUAAUAGUGAGAGAAGAGCGACAGUUAUAUCAGAAUUGAUAAAGAUAUGAACUGCUCAGCAAAUGUUUUAAAUAGCACAGAUGCAAUUAAGAGUUCUUGGCACAAAGCAUGGAUAUCAUUUUCAAGCGACAUAUCCUUACAUUUGUGUCAUGUUGUGUACCGGACUUCACAAUGUGUUGCAUGGUUGAUGAUGCCUCUGUUCUUUAAAUUUAUUAAAGCAAGAACUUUAAUUGUGCCUGCAAAAUUAAAACUAGCAUUCUUCAGCAAUGUUGGUUAUUGUAGAUCAUAUUUCUUUAUAUGUGGAAUUUUGUUCAUGUAUUUCAUAGUGAGUCCAGGUGUCCAAAUAAACAACCCCAACUUUAAAAUCUUUACUUCAUCAGUAAAUAAUAUGUGGGGAAUACUCCUCUUUGUGCUCUUUGUGGGAUGUACUUUGGCAAAAGUACCGCGAUCAUUGUGGAACAUCAUCAAAUGUGCAGCCAUACUUCACCACAAAAAAUACUGUGUUAGUAAGUGCUUUCAUCCUCAAUUUUUUUCUUUAGAACCUAGUCAUCUUUCAAGUUGCAAUUCAAAAACUUUGAAAAUAGUUUCUGAUUGGAAUAAAGAGCAUGUUAAUUGUCACACCCUCUUAAAAAACAAUCUCAGAUGUGUUUCAUCAAAGAGGACUUUACCAUCACAAAAUGAGAUUGUUGGAGCUCUUCAGAGAUACCCUUACACUGAAAUGCAUAUAAGGAGAUCAGCAGAUGAAAUACAGGCUUUGGAAAAUCAUUGUAAGCAAAUCGCCAAUAAUUAUCAUCAUCAAUGCUCCCUUCAACAAAACUUGCCUGGAAGGAUUCAUGAAAUUGAAUUUUGGCCAUUUAUUCAGAUUAGUUCUUGUUCUGAGCUACAGUCCCCAAUCAAUAUUUGGACUCAACUUGUUACUCGUAAGCACUUUGCUCCUUUGGUCUUUACAGACUUCAUGAAAGAUCAAGGACAGGCAUUUCUCUAUAACACAAAUCAGACUGCUGCAGUUAUGUUAAAAGGUCGGACACCUCUCUUAGAAGGAGGGCCAUUGCGUGGUUCUUACAAAUUUGUACAGUUACAUUUUCAUUGGUCCACUGAUGAUUACGCAGGCAGUGAACAUACAUUGGAUGGAAAGCCGUAUAUAUUGGGAUUUAGAAAACUACUUGAUAGCAAAGCACUACACAUUCACAGGAACUGUCGCAACGUGCAAAAUCUCAAUAAUCGAGAAAUAUUUUUUGCAGUUUAAAAAUUUUCUUUCAUAAACUUUAUUGAGUAUGUACACAAAUGUAACAAUAUUUUUGUGCAUUCAAAAAAUAAAUUCAUUUGAUUGAAUUUUGUAAUAUUCUUUAUUGUGCUUGUUUUUCAUUCAUUUAUAUUAAAAAGUGUGAAUAAUAAAUUUGCAUCUAACA